ACUUAAAAGACUUAAUUGUCAGCAUUUGUGCACCAGCGCAGUUACAGUUAACAUGAUUAUCCAGCGUAUAGAGCAAUUAUUAUAAGCAUGAGCGUGUCACCAAAGUUUUUGGAGCGUCAUUUUUAACCGUACUCUUAAUAAAGAAGGAUGCUCAAAAAACACUAAAAUUUUUUGUAAAAUGUUUCUAUUGAUAUUUAUAUUAAUUAUUGAUAGUUUGGUCGCGGAGGAGUGUUAUUACGACGGUGAUGAUUUUUGUGUCAAUCAAGACGAUAUACUUUCAGUAGAUCUGCUACCAGGAACUUUUCUACUGUCAAGUUUAUACAAAAAUGCAAGUGGUAAAAGCCAAGAUGAAAUAAAAGUCAACGGAACAUAUGAAGCAGCUUUAAAAGAGAUGAAUUAUCAUAGAAAAAGGAUGAAUGAAUAUUUAUGUCAUGGAUUUAUGGCUGAAGGAAUAUUUCAAAAUAUGAGAUCGAUACGGGUUAAACGACGUCAAGAUUCUGUAUCUUCAAACUCUAUGCCAGACUUUUUAGGAGAUGACAACGUCACAGUGCAUGACAAGCUAUUAUCUGACGAGGGUAGUAGUAAAUAUAAAGAAUGGCUUCAGAGAACAACAACCCUGAAUGACGUUUAUCGACACUACGCUCCAAAACAGAAAAUUACUAAAAAAUUCGGGCAAAAUUACGUACAUGGAAUUGAAGAGUUUGAUGGUGAAGUAACAGGCUAUGCUGUGCCUGCGCCAAUAUUUCCAGACAAGAUCAGUUCACAAUAUGAUUCUUCUGAUUAUGAUGACAUAUCAUCUUCUCCAACUGGGCAUACGUACAAUCAUCACGGUCCUCCUCAACAUUAUGGCCCUCCUCAACAUCAUGGUCCUCCACAAUAUCAUGGUCCUCCACAACAUCAUAGUCCUCCGCAAAAUUAUGGUCCCCCGCAACACUAUGGUCCUCCACAACAUCACUCCUCUCAUGAUGAUGUAGUUCCAAUAAUUCAUGAAGAACAUUAUUAUCACUCACCCAGUCAUUAUGAUGAGGAGGAAUAUUGGCACAAACCAUCUUACCAUAAAUCAAAAGGAGAUUUAUCAAUAAAAGACUUUUUUGAAAUAGCAUUGACUGCUCUAGCAUUUCUGGCCUUUGGAUUAUUCAUUAUUCAACUUCUCAUGGCAAUUGCGAAUUCCGGAAGCACAACAGUUGUGACUGACGAUGCACCGAGAUUUAAACGCAACGCGUCACCGUAUAGUAGCAAUGCAGAAUUAAACGAACUCUCUCAUCGAGUGCUUCAGUCUAUCGAAGCAAUUAUGGUAGCAAACAAUGAUUCAGGUCGUUGCCUUCGAUGGACUUUAUGCAGAGACAAUAAACAUUCGAUACAAACCUCAAGUGCCCAACGAUUGUGGUUACCAAUCUGGAGCUUAGGAACGAGUUGGUUAUCAGGACAAAUGUUGAAACAAAAAACAUGGUUGGCUAUGUUUGAGUCUAUUAAAGCAUCAGUUCUUGGAUUAGGUGGUGCUGAUUGUUCGAUGCUUUAUCCAGGAUGUGAUUUACUCAGUGAGAGAAUUAAACGACGUCGUCGAAGAAGAAAAUAAACUCUGAAGAAAACUGCCUAGCUUCACAUUUUUCAGAAAAUUACUUUCUUACAUUUUCUGUUGACAAUCAUCGUAGUACAAAUUGUUGAUACUUGGUUUAUAUUUUUUUUUAAAUUUUGUUUAGGUUGACCCUGACAGCCAAGUUGGCCGCAGAAAUUGAUAUUUCCAAAGUUGAUAGACACUUUCUCAGAAAAUUGGCGGUAACCUGUAGCCAAAAGUUGCAAAAGCUAAUUGUCGACAACUUGUCAUCAAUUUGGUCGCAAAUUAAUGAAUACCAUAACUUUUUGACAAGCAACUAACUCCUUUGAUAGCCAAGUUGGCCGCAAAAGUUGGCAUUUCCAUAAGUUGACGGCAACUUUUCGAGAAACUUGUCAAUAACUUUCAGCUCGUGUAACUGUUGCCGACAA